AUGUUCCUGGCGACUCUGUACUUCGCGCUGCCGCUUCUGGGAAACGAUCUGCUCGAAGAUUCCCCAUAUGAGCCAGUAAACAGCAGAUUGUCUGAUAUAUUCCGGGUGGUCCCCUUCAUACCAGGCUCCAGGACAGAGGUGGAGAGACGCGUGCAUGGGCUCUUUCCGCGCCAGGGCUGGCGAGCGAGCCGCCGCCGCCGAGCUCCGACUCCGGGCAGCGGCCGGCUGGGCGCUCGGCGCUCGCAAAGUGGGGUCGGACCUGAACCCCUAGAAGCGGAACCGCCUCGCGUCCCCGCGCCAGCCGCCCUCCCGGAGCUGAGUCGCCGGCGGCGGUGGCGGNGGACGGACCCGGGGUUUGCUCGCGCGCUGGAUGGAGCUGAACUUCGGGCGGCCAGAGCAGCGCGGCCGUCCGGGGAUCGCUGCGCCCUGAGCCCCCUCGGCGAGACCCGGCGGCGCCCCGGGAUUUUCUGGGGAGGUGGGGACCUGCCGCGCGCCGGCACCAUGUUCCUGGCGACUCUGUACUUCGCGCUGCCGCUUCUGGGAAACGAUCUGCUCGAAGAUUCCCCAUAUGAGCCAGUAAACAGCAGAUUGUCUGAUAUAUUCCGGGUGGUCCCCUUCAUACCAGUGGAGCACAUCCCCAAAGGAAACAACUGCCUGGACGCCGCCAAGGCCUGCAACCUCGACGACACCUGCAAGAAGUACAGGUCCGCCUACAUCACCCCGUGCACCACCAGCAUGUCCAACGAGGUGUGCAACCGGCGCAAGUGCCACAAGGCCCUGAGGCAGUUCUUCGACAAGGUCCCGGCCAAGCACAGCUACGGGAUGCUCUUCUGCUCCUGCAGGGACAUCGCCUGCACCGAGCGGCGGCGGCAGACCAUCGUGCCCGUGUGCUCCUACGAGGAGAGGGAGAAGCCCAACUGCUUGAGCCUGCAGGACUCCUGCAAGACAAAUUACAUCUGCAGGUCUCGCCUUGCUGAUUUUUUUACCAACUGCCAGCCGGAGUCCAGGUCUGUCAGCAGCUGUCUGAAGGAAAACUACGCAGACUGCCUCCUCGCCUACUCGGGGCUCAUUGGUACAGUCAUGACCCCCAACUACAUCGACUCCAGCAGCCUCAGCGUGGCCCCCUGGUGCGACUGCAGCAACAGUGGCAAUGACCUGGAGGAGUGUGACAAGUUUCUGAACUUCUUCAAGGACAACACGUGUCUUAAAAACGCAAUUCAGGCGUUCGGCAACGGCUCCGAUGUCACUGUGUGGCAGCCGGCCCUCCCGGUUCAGACCACCACUGCCACCACCACCACAGCCUUCCGGGUGAAGACCCAACCUCUGGGGCCAGCGGGGUCCGAGAAUGAGAUCCCCACGCAUGUUUUACCACCCUGCGCAAAUUUGCAGGCACAGAAGCUGAAAUCCAACGUGUCGGGCAGCACACACCUCUGUCUUUCCGAUCGCGAUUACGAAAAGGAUGGUCUCGCUGGGGCGUCCAGCCACAUACCCACAAAAUCAAUGGCUGCUCGUCCGAGCUGCGGUCUGGGCCCACGGCUGCUCCUGGUGGUAACCGCCUGGUCCAUCCUGUUAUCUUUGUCUUGGGCGGAAACGUCGUAGCUGCGUUUCAGAAUCAUCAUGGACAUGUACAGAGACAAAAACCAAGCUAUCCGUUUCCUGUCCUCUUGUAUAUCUGAAAUUCCAGUUUUAGGCGCUCUGUUGAGACAUUGCUGAAACAGUUUCAUCCAACGGAAACUUUUUUUUCUUUUUCUUUUUUAUUUCUUUUAAGAAAGCUUCUUGUGACCCUUAGGGCUUCUUUGGGAUACCCGAUGCAGUGCUACAUUCCAGACUCAGAAGGCUCUGGGGUCUGUUGUAUUGUAAAGGGACAGUUUGUAAGUCUGGCUGUAAAGCAAACUGGGGCCAUGUUUUUCAUGAUGAUGAUGAUGAUGAUGAUUUUAACCAUUUAACUCUGGCCUUUACUAGCUAGCGAAGGAGUUAGUAUCGCUCAAGAAUCUUCCACAUUUCACGCAGUGGCUUUGAUUUCUGAUGACAUACCUGCAACCUAACAAGCUUUUGGUUCACAAAUCAAAGACUCUCAUCCAGAGAAUCCUAAUGGACUUUGUACAAACAAACUUGUACCGCUGUUCACCUUCCUGUACGUCCUGGCCUUUUCUGCGCUAACGUUUAUGUUCUGUAAACAGCUCUGUGCUCUCCUACAAAACCAAAAGCAGGCCCUGUCACAUCGCAAUGUAGUGUCUGCCUUCUAGGGAAACAGUGGGCAUGAGACCUCAUGCGCCGCAGUCACUGGCGACACUCUCCUGAGCCUUCCCCAGAAGAGAAGCCCUUCAACUAACCGCCGUCGAGCAAGCUGCAGCGUCUAAUCCCCUCUACGUGUACGAGGUUCUGUGUAGAAAAAGAACUUACUACUAAAUGAUUUCCACUAUCGGCUUUCUAUAUUUUGAAAGUAAUGACAUCAUCUCCAUUUUUUACUGAUGGUUUAAUACGAAUAUGCGGAGCUCGUUUUCCUCUCCUAGGUAGCGUUGGCUCCGGCACUAACGUCCCGAAUCCAGCCCUUCUGAGGCCGACUCGGAGCAGCCCCGUGCUUGGGCAGAAAGCUCUGCAUCACGAUGCUGGGGACAGGCAGGAGGACACGGAGCAGCCAGGCGUGGUCUGUUACCAUUCCUUGAAAUGCAAGCGUGCACACCUGCGAGGAAACCGGCGGCCACUCGUCCACGUCCUGCGAUGGCUAAUGGCACCUUUGCCAUGGACGCAAUCCAGUACCUUGCUUUUCACGUUGCCUGACGUAGGCAGCUUUGAUUGGGACGGGAUGGGGACAUGCUGCCCUCUCUUCUGGAGCGGGUCCACGCCAGGGUGCAGAGUUCCCCUCCUAAGGAUUGCGUUUCCUCCCGACCGUCGAGAGCAGUUAGGCCUGAAGGUCAUCAGGAAUCCGCCUGCAUUCUGCUCUGCUUCCUCCACGAUAGACCGUGACUGACUAUGUGAGAAAGAUAGGUUUGUGGGUCAAGGUCAACACUAGGCCUGCUGAGAUGAGCUGGUGUGCAGAUCAGGCUUCUGGAUGUGGGGCGUCUGGCUUGUGAACUGCACGUCAUCUCCCAUCGUUGCCUCCCUUAAGUAGACCCUAAGGUGUGCCGUGGAAGCCUGGUUGGAGUGGCGAGAUUCCGAAUCUACAGGGAUCGGGUGCUGGGAGCCGUGCUUCUCCAGAGCCGAGGAGAGGAGAGGAGAGCCCACCUUCGUGGAGUGCUGGGAACGUCAUUUUUCUGGUCACUUCAGUAGAGGGGCUGGCGGAGGACCCCCGUGGUGCCCAUGUCAUACUGAUCCCCUUUGCUCACUGAUGUUUGCCUUGUAAGAAUUAGUCGAGUUACUAGGGUGGAAAAUCGAUGGACUCCAAGAUGAAGGCAUAGUCUUUUAGCUCUGUUGGUGUUUGAAGUGCAUUUAUACCCAAAUGUUAAUAAACAUAAAUGGAUAAUACUAAGUACCAACUUUUUUUCCACGUCAGAAUGGUUUCAAGGGAAAUUCAUCAAACAAAUUUAAUUAGCAGAAGGUUUCUUAAAGACUUACUUUGAAUAAAUCCAUUGAAUGUGUCGAAGUAUUUGGAAUUCCAGUAAUCUAUGAAAGCAUAGCUCUUCCAAAGCAUAUUUGGUUUAAUUAAGAUAUCCCUGUGUAUCUCCACUGGACUAAUUCAUAUGGGUCUGAGUCUAUGUGAUCUACUGUGGAAAGCUAUUGAUUCCUUCUGCAGUAAACAGCGGCUCUAAUUAGCUUUCCGAUGACCAAGAGGAGAUGGGAUUAUCGGCACUGAGGGUACCUUCCGAUGAAGAACGUGUGAAUGUACAACACGUAGGUUAAAUUUCGAAAAGCCUCAUCUGUCACCAACCAAGAUCUCAUUUUCCUUCAGCGAUAGAAGCAUAUUAGAGUUACCAAAUUCUCAAUUUGAAAAUAAAUUGCUGAUUUAAAUAACCGGGGGGAAGGAUGUUCAGUGACAACCCAUUAGAGGGAUUCUUAGAAAAUCACACCAAGCCCGUGUCCUGUUUCUGCCAUUCGGUGUGACCUCAGUUUAACUCGGUGGCCCUGAAACACCAUCAUUUGCCCCAGGACUGGAGCAGGCAAGUGACUUAAAUCUUUUACCUAUCUGACUACUUUUUGCAGUGCUAAAAGCAAAAAUUAUCCACUACCUCUUGUCUUUCAGUCCCUGCAUUUAGGGAACCACCCAAUACAAGGGCUAUCUGCUGAGGCUUGGGCCUCUGGCAGAAAGCAUGUCAUUGUAGUUGACUUUGACAAAGCAAAAACAGUCAUUUCUGUCUGUGUAGACCAUGACUCCCAGAUCAAGCCUAGCCACGCACGCCCAGCUUAUUUCAAAGAAAAAGAAAGGCAAUUCUGCCAAACUGAUUAGAAGCACAUUUGUUCCACUUCGAUGUCGACUAUCUUUGGCUGAUCUGUGUUUGUGUAUCUUUUUAAUAGAGCACAGGAAGGAAGAAUUGCACAAUAAAGAGAGGGAAUUCAGAAUGCCACCUGAAUCUUUAUUUUUCCACAUGUAGGUUGAGAAUUACAUAGGUUAUUUUUCAUCAAGUUGAGCAAACUGUAUCCAAAGUGUAAUAGGAGUGUGGUUUCCAUUAAAAUGAAUUUUUAAAAACA